GUAUUCUUGGGUAUAUAUAGAGGUAUAUAUCAUUCAAUUCCAACAGCAACAACAACAAAAGAGAGCAACAACAACAAAACAGAGAACAUUUUUCCUAUUCCAUAAAGUGAUCAGCGUUCGCUAGUAAGGUUUUCACUGUUAAAACAUACCGAGACAAUGACUUUUGCAAUCGAAAUUGAGGAAAAACAUGUCCAGAGAUCAGCAAGGGUCAAGUCCUUGGACAUCCACCCAACAGAGCCUUGGAUUUUAGUGAGCUUGUACACAGGAACUGUACAAAUAUGGAACUACCAAUCUCAAACUGUGGAGAAGAAGUAUGAAGUCUCACAGUCUCCAGUCAGGUCAGCCAAGUUUAUCGCCCGUGAAAAAAGUAUUGUUGCUGGAGCAGAUGAUCACUUCAUUCGAGUUUACAGCUACACAACAGAUGAAAAGACUAAAGAAUUCAAAGCACACGACGAUUAUAUCAGAUCAUUAGCUGUGCAUCCUACUCUUCCUUAUGUGUUGUCAGGUUCUGAUGACAUGUUGAUAAAGCUUUGGGACUUGGAAAAAGACUGGGCUUGUAUUCAGGUUUUUAAGGGGCAUAACCACUAUGUGAUGCAAGUGACCUUCAAUCCAAAAGAAAACCAGACGUUUACGAGUGCAUCGCUCGACUGCACAAUGAAGGUGUGGAAUCUUAGCUCCUCUGAUCCGAUUCUCGAGCUAGAAGCACAUUCGAAGGGGAUAAAUUGUGUUGAUUUCUUAAGUUGUGUUGAUAAACAAUAUCUAAUCACUGGAUCAGAUGAUCAUACUGCUAAGGUGUGGGACUUGCAAACUCAAACGUGUGUCCAGUUUCUUGAAGGUCAUAAGAAUAACGUUUCUGCAUUGGCUGUGCAUCCAGAACUUCCAGUUCUUUUUACAGGUUCUGAGGAUGGAACAUUUAGUGUGUGGGAUGCUACUAAUUACAGAUUACUCAACACACAAAUCUCUGGACUGGGGAGAGUUUGGGCAAUUGAAUUUGCACGCUUGGAAGGUUCUCACAUGAUUAUCCUUGGCUGUGAUGAAGGAAUGACUAUGGGAAAGAUUGUAUGUUCAGAAAUUACUCCUGGGGAAGAUUGAUCAGAGAUGCUGCUAUAUAUAUAUAUAUGAAGAAGCUUGUGAUGUCUUUAUGCUUUCUAGUUACUGCAUAAUAUGUUUUUAAUUACUUGUACUUUGAUCUUGUGAAGCCAUUAUGUAUAUCUUGUCCUUAUUUUAUUUCGAAUUAAAGUUGAUGUUGUAUAAGAAGCCAGGAGUACUACACGAA